AUGCAGGGUCACGGAAGGUGCUUGAAACUCUUUCUUGCAUUUGCGCUGCUUUUGCUACAGUACACCCAAGGAGGAGAGGUGGACCACAGUCAAAGGGAUACUAAAGUGUCCAUAAGGUGCAUAGAGAGGGAAAGGCAAGCACUCCUUGCAUUCAAACGUGGCCUGGUGGAUGAGGACAAUAGCCUCUCUUCAUGGGGUUUAGAAGCCCAGAAACAAGAUUGUUGCAGAUGGAUAGGAGUCUAUUGCAGCAACCAAACAGGUCAUGUUAUUGGACUUGAUCUUUCAUACAAAGUUAUCGGCGAAGAUUAUUUUUUGCAAGGUAAGAUGAUUAGUCCUAAAUUGAUUGAGUUGCAUCAUUUACAACAUUUGGAUCUCUAUGGGAUUAAGUUCAGUGGGAGCGAAAUUCCAGAUUUCAUUGGUUCUCUAUCCAAUUUAAGAUACCUUGAUCUGUCUUGGACUAAUUUUGGAGGCAAGUUUCCAAGUCAGGUCGGAAAUCUUUCGAACUUGCAGUAUCUUGCGUUAAGUGAUAAUGACUUUACAAAUAUAGAAAAUCUCGAUUGGCUUCCUCUUCUUUCGUCAUUAAGAUAUUUGGACUUGAGUUAUGCGAAUCUCAGCAAUGUUUUCGAUUGGCCGGAAGCCAUUAAUAAGCUUCCUGAACUAACUAACUUGACAUUGCAGGGAUGUGAUCUUCCUCCUCCAACUCUUUCCACUCUUUCUUACAUAAACUCUUCUAAGUCUCUUAUCAGCGUUGACCUCCCUUUCAACCAUUUGAAUACUUCUUCAAUAUUUCUAUGGUUGUCCAACUAUAAUACCAGCCUUGUUCAUCUUGUCCUCUCUUAUAACCCUCUAGCCGGUUCAAUUCCUGACGUUUUAGGAGACAUGAGCUCUCUGGCACAUCUUGAUCUCUCUUCUAACCAACUUGAAGGAGGAGACCCGCAUUCUUUUGCCAGGUUAUGUAGUUUGCAAUCAUUGGAUCUCUCAUACAACAUUCUGAGUGGACAACUUUCUAAGUUUGUUCAAAUAUUAUUCUCCACAUGUGCUCAAAACUCAUUGGAGAUUUUGGAUCUCAGUGGGAAUGAUCUUGCAGGGUCAUUACCUGAUCUUACAAACCUUUCAUCUUUGGAAUUAUUGAGUCUUUAUAACAAUCAAUUAACCGGAGGGAUACCUGAAAAUAUAGGGCUAAUGUCGAAGCUCAAAACUAUUGAUUUUAGCAUGAAUUCUUUGGAAGGAGUGAUUUCAAAAACUCAUUUCUCAAAACUCUCCAAAUUACAGAGUUUGGAUUUAUCUUCUAACUCGCUAGUUUUAGACAUCCAUGCUGAUUGGAUUCCUCCUUUCCAAUUGGACUUCAUAAAUUUGGGGUCUUGCAAGAUGGGUCCGGCUUUCCCAAAGUGGCUUCAAACUCAAAAAAAUUUCUCACACAUUGAUAUAUCUGAUGCUGGAAUUUCAGACAUCCUUCCAAGUUGGUUUUGGAGUUUAUGUCGUAAUGUGACAUUUAUGAAUCUCACAAGCAACCAAAUUGGAGGUACAUUUGCAAAUUUGACAUUGGAAUUUUCAUAUUUCCCUGAACUACAUCUGAGUUCGAACAAGUUGGAAGGUCCAAUCCCCUCAGUUCUAUCAAAAGCCUCAUAUCUGGAUCUCUCUUAUAAUAAACUUUCAGGGUCAAUUUCGUUCUUGUGUUCAAGAGCAACUAUUGGUUUAAGCUUUCUUGACCUCUCAAACAACAAUGUUUCUGGACAAGUUCCAGAUUGCUUGACACAUUUGGAGAAUCUAGUCAUGCUUGAUUUGAGUUACAAUGCUUUGUCCGGGAAAAUUCCUACAACAAUAGGCUCCGUAUUUCGGAUUGAAACACUCAAAUUAAGAAGCAACAAAUUUGUGGGACAAUUGCCUUCGUCGUUGAAGAAUUGCACAAGUUUAGUAGUCGUUGAUGUUGUGGAUAAUAAAUUAUCCGGACCAAUACCUAAAUGGUUAGGGGUUAGCUUAAAGAAUUUGGUUAUCCUGAUGCUUUCGUCUAAUCACUUCAAUGGAAGCUUGCCCUCACAAAUAUGCCAUCUAACACACAUUCAAAAUUUGGAUUUCUCCUUGAACAUCAUCUCUGGAAACAUACCCAAAUGCCUCACCAAUUUAACUACUCUGGCUCAGAAAGGAAAUCCAAGACUGAACAUCUCACAUUAUUAUGAAAUUUCUACUGAUCAACAAGGAUUUACUGGAGAUGACUAUGAGGAUGAUGCAACAUUCAUAUGGAAAGGAGGAAUGAAGACAUACAAAAGUACUUUGGGGCUCGUGAAGAGAAUUGAUCUGUCAAGCAAUAAAUUAACAGGGGAGAUUCCAAGUGAAAUCACUCAUCUUGUUGGGUUGGUUUCUUUAAACCUAUCGAGAAACCAAUUAACAGGUCAAAUAACUCCAGAGAUCGGAAACUUGCAAUCAUUGGAUUCUCUUGAUUUGUCAAGAAACCAUAUAGACGGAAGAAUUCCAAAAAGCCUUGCUCGGAUAGAUCGUCUUGGUUUCUUGGACUUGUCAUAUAACAACUUGUCAGGCAAAAUUCCAGUCGGGACUCAGCUCCAAGGCUUUGAUCCCUCUGUUUAUGCUGGGAAUCUUCAACUCUGUGGACCUCCACUUAAAAAGAUGUGUGCUGAUGAAAAGGAAAGAGGACCAAGUGAGCAAACUGACUUCAUCAGCCAAGAGGACAAGGAUGAGCUAAUAACACUUGGAUUCUACAUAAGUAUGGGGCUUGGAUUUGCUGCUGGAUUUUGGGGAGUUUGCGGGACCUUGAUAUUUUCAAGGAUGCUUAUUAAUUACAAAAGAUCAACGCUCAGUGAGCUAGGAGGAGGAUGUGCGAUAAGGUUUGGUCUUCCAGCCCCCCAUCCUCUCUGGUCUUUGUGUUACAAGCUGAAGGCCUUCCUUGCCCCUCGAGGUGCUAGUGCGUCUGUGCUGGAGGCGGAUGAGCUCCCCUUAUGGAGGCGUCAUAGUUACUGGCCUCUAGUUUGA